AAUAUAUAUUUCUAAAGUAUUAUGUUAUUUAUUGUACCAAGGUACCCAUGGAGACCAAAUACAUUUUUUUUCAGAGCAUUUUUUAAGAAGGGGGACAAAUGUCAUGCAGUUACACAGCGUUGGCCACAAAACGGCAACUGAUUCUCUUUACCGGCUGUGAUAUACUGGCCCAUCUGUCUCAGCUCACUGGACCACCGUGAAAUGAUUAUACUGAAGGAGAGCCUGUUUCAGGGUUUUACCCUGUUGAUGAUUGCCUUAGGGUUAGGCAUUGGGUUUUUGGUGAGGAUUAUGGUUCCUGUAACGAAAGCUCAAAUGGAGUGGAUCAGACUCCCAGGAGAUUUGCUUUUCAACGUGCUUCAGCUAUUUGCUGUCCCUCUCAUUGUGACAAGUGUGAUUACAGGAGUAAUUGGAAUAAACAGCAGAUUACCUGGAAGAACAGCCGUCUACACAACAACGUACAUCUGUGGCUCUACCAUUCUGGCCGUAAUUCUUGGAAUGAGCCUCGUGCUCCUGACCGAGCCUGGUAUGGAUCACACAACGGGCACAACCAUUAACACAGAUAUGCCGUCCUCCUCUAUGCAUGUGAUUUUCAUGGAUCUUAUUAGGAACAUGGUUCCAGAGAGCUUCGUUCAGGCUUUCUACGAGCAGUACAAGACACAGAUUGUUCAGGUUAAAAUCCAAACUUCUAACCUCUCCCUUGAUCUAACAGCAGUGCAGAAUGGCAUUGAGACGCGACUGAAGGGCGGCUAUGUCGCUGGUACCAACAUGCUAGGACUGAUCAUCUGGUCUUUUGCCAUUGGCAUCUUGUUAAGCAAUGUGGGAGGCCAGGCCAAUGUCACUGUGACGUUCAUUAAAAGCGUCAACACUGCAAUAAAAAUCAUAUUCAACUGGAUCCUGUGGUACUUGCCAAUCGGCCUUUUGUUCCUGGUCGUGGAGCACGUGUUGGAUGUUAAAGACUGGAGAGCUAUCAUUAAACUUGUCAGACUUACAGGGGUAAUUUUUCUGGGACUUGCAAUCCACUCCUUUCUUGUUCUUCCAUUGAUUUACUUCGUGUUCACCAAACGGAACCCCUUUCUCAUCUUCAUCCAGGUUUCCAGGGCUUUGUUCACCUCAGUGAUCAUGGCGUCCAGUGCCGCCACUAUGCCUGUCACCAUUGACUGCUGUGAACAGAAUGUGAAGGUCAAUACGAGACUCUGCCGGCUAGUGUUGCCAAUAGUCAACAGCAUCAACAUGAACGGCAUGGCGCUGUAUGAAGUGGUCGCUGUCAUCUUUAUUGCCCAGACAAGUGACAUCAUUUUGGACGUCAGCCAGAUCAUCACCAUUGGCUUGACCAGUUGCAUUUCAAGCUUUGGAGCCGUAGGUGUUCCAGCAACGGGAUCUGCAACCACUAUCCUAAUUUUGACAGCUGUGGGACUGCCUGCACAUGAUGCCACCCUUCUUCUGGUUUUCGAGUGGUUUCUAGACCAUUUCACUACCGUGGUCAAUGUGCUAGGAGACUGUUAUGGUUUGGCUCUCAUCAAUCAUCUGUGCCUGGAUGAGCUCCUGACCCUGGACAAACUGUCAAGCUUGGAAAGGAUACGUUCACACAAGGAAUUCAAGCUGGACUUAUUUUGUUUGGAGCCCUAUGAAGAGACCAUCCCUUCCUCUUCCUCAUGAUCCAUUUCAUCUAAAUAAGGGGAUCACCUCAGCACCAUAUUAACACCAAUGUAUUAAACCUCAGGACAGGAAUGUCAGCAUCCUG